AUGGCGCGCACACAUCGCUCUUCAAACCCAAAAGCUACUUACAACAUCCAUGCUCGUGAUCUCCCAGUCAAUGGUGAUCUCCAAUCGACCAUGGCAGACAGCUCCACAACUCUCUGGCAACCCAAUCGACCAGUUCACGAAGACGUCUCCAACUCGUACUUUCUGAGCUCAGGAGAUCACUCCAGACUUCUUCUCGUUUUCAAACUCCUUAAUGGCCCUAACUUUCAGUCUUGGAAGAGAGUCAUUUCCAUGGCUCUUGCUGCCAAAAACAAGACAGUGUUUGUUGAUAAUACUCUCUCGAAACGUAAUUCUUCUAAUCCCCUUUUCAGUUCUUGGACCAGUGAUUACUUCAACCAAGAACAAGUUCUCCAAUUCUUGACUGGCCUAAAUGAAAGCUACAACUCAGUAAGGGCUCAAAUCCUUCUCCUCGAUCCUCUUCAAUCCCUUUCCAAGGUUUUUGCAAUGGUUGUUCAAGAAGAAAGACAGAGAACCCUUGGUUCUUCACAAACCAUAAGUAUUGCUUCGACUGUCUCCAAUCCAUCAUAUCCUUCAAGAAACAAGAAACCAAGACCCACUUGUUCUCAUUGCAACAAUCCAGGUCACUUGGUGGACAAGUGUUUCUUUUUACCUGGAUUUCCUCCUGGUUAUGGUGACAAAAAGAAAUCUGAUAGAUCAAACUCUGCUAUCAAUCACACAAGCACAAAUCAGAUUUGCUCUGCCCCUUCGGCCUCUACACUAAACCAAGCUUUGAACAAUCACUGCCAGCAACUCAUUUUAUUACUCAAUCAACAACUUCAGAGCAAUGCUCCUCGGGUUGAACCCAAUCGGGUCAUAGAGACUCUCCAAGAUGAAACCACUCCUGCACAAGUUGCAUCAAACUUUUUUGGUAACCCUUCUCUAAAUUUUGAUGCUUAUUGGGUUAUUGACAGUGGUGCUACUCACCAUAUAUGUCAUGAUUCAUCAUUAUUUCACUCUUUUAGCAAUUCUUCUUUUCCUCCAAAUGUUGUUUUGCCUAAUGGAGAAACCAUUGCUGCCCAUAAUAUUGGAAUUGUUCAUAACAAACAUAUCAUUCUUACUAAUGUUCUUUAUGUUCCAAAUUUCAGGCUUAAUCUCUUUUCUGUCAAUGAUUUUCUCCAAGCCAUAUCUAACAUCGUAUCUUUUACUACUACAUUAUGUAUAAUCCAGGCACCAACCUGGAAAUUGGAGAUUGAGACUACUGAAAGACUUUACAAUCUUUACAUAUUCAAGCAAGAUGUUACCCAUGUACCUUGCACAAAAUUUUCUAUUACUUGUACUACUUCUAAUGGUAUGGGAGGCAGUUGCAUGGAGGCUACUGCUGAAGUGGAUUUGGGCUGGCAGAUGAGGGCAGGCCCACAGUGGGCUGAUUGGAGCUGGGCCGAAUGGAGGCAAGAGCAGCAGCUGGUGUUGGGGUUGGGCCGUGGGCCUAGAGGAAAUGGGCUGGGGCAACUUGCUUCAGGUGCCAGGCGUGACUUUGGAGGACACGACUGGAGCUGUGCUGGCGGUUGUGAGGUGAUGCUGGGCGCAGCUGGAGAAGCACCUGAAGGUGGAAGUUUGGUGUACGGCUGGGGUGAGCAAAGGGUUGUUGAAGGCUGCUAG